AUGGAUAAUUUUUGUGUUUGUAAUAAAAAAGGAGAUUGUUACACGCCCGUUAAAAAUAAUACACCAACUUAUGUUGAAUUGGCGCCUUAUUGUGAUCCAUAUGAAGGUCCAAAUGUUUAUAUGGAACUUUAUAAAGGUGAACUUAAUUUGGAAAGCGACAAAACAAAAUUAUAUAAACAAAAAUUUAACGAUGGUCCCUUUGGUUGUGGUUCUGAAUAUAUGAAAAUUUCUGCGGUUAGCUGCAAUGGAUGUUCAAAAAUUGGACAAGCAGUUCGUGAAAAAACAUGUAAAGGGGAGUAUGUUCCGAAUAAAUUGGACGCACAAAAUAUUCGAGAUAUUUUAUUUGGCAUAAAAGGAACAACAAUUAAUCCAUAAAAACUAAAAGAAAAGGAUGUGACAAUUUCGCUGUGACAAUUUCGGGAUGUGAUAAUUUCGCCUUUCUUUUUUUUAUUGACUUCACCUCUUUUUUAAAUUCGGUUUUGGUAGACCUCUGCUACAUAUUACCCACUCCCCCUAUCUAUUUUAUUUUCCUCGUAAAGCAAAAUCUUUUAUC